GAUGCUCUGUCCAGGCGUCCAGACCUGAAAGAGGGGGUAAAAUCUGACAACAAAGAUCAGGUGAUGCUACAACCCCAAAUAUUUGUUAAAAGCGCGACAGGACAAGGAACAGUUGAAAUGCUUGACAGCCAGCUGAGACGAAAGCUAAAAGAAGUUAUGGCUAAAGAUAAAGAAGUAACGGAAGCAAUGGAGCUUAUCAAAGCAUCAGGACCUAGAGCACUCUCAAAAGGCUUACAAGAGUGGAAUUACGAAGACAACCUUAUCUGGCAUAGAGGAAAAAUAUAUGUU